AUGUCAUCAGUGAACACAUUGAUUGUUACUAUUUUGUCAUUAACCGUUGUUGUUGAUGGAUUAUCAAAUUGUUCAAAAUAUAAUCCAUGUAGUCAAUAUGGAUAUUGUCGUACAGAUUCUAAUGGUAAUAUGUCUUGUGAAUGCAAAUUUUGGUGGGCUGGAACAAUUUGUGAUGAACAAACAACUAGUGGAAAACAAGUGAUUGCAUUUGGUUGUAUAUCAGCAUUUGUUAUUGCACUUUAUUAUGGAUUAGGACUUGUACGAUAUAUUCGUAAUAGGAAAAACAAAUCAAAAGAAAAUCAGAAAAAAGAAAAUAUCGAAUAUCCAAAAUUACUCGAUGUUGCACUAAAAACUGUUCGACGAGCACCUCGUCUAUCAUUAUUUUUAACUACUGUUUUGAUAAUAAUUGUAGCAACUGCAGGUCUUCUUGGAAAAUGGAAAAUAUUACAACCAAUACAUGAUGAAAUUGUUAAUAAAUAUCAAACAAAACAAUCCCUUUAUUAUAUACCAAAUUCUUUUUGUAAUUCAAUAAUAUUUGAUCAAUUUAAUGUUAUUACAUUUCCUGUUGCUUGUUUAUUAAUUAUUAUGUUUAUAAUAGUAACAAAACGAACAUCAUUAAUGCGUGAUAAAUGUCAUGGAUAUGGAGGACUACCAAUACCUGUUGAUUUUAUUUCAGGUGUUGAUCGAAAAUUUGCUGCAGUAGUUUUUGCUAUUUGUGCUGAUGAGUUAAUAACAAUAUUUUUAGAAUUAGUGGGAGGAAGAGCUUCACGAGAAGGUGAAGGUAUUAUUCUUACUUACCUCUUACACUUAUUACAAGUAUUUGUUAUGGGUUUUCGAUAUUAUCCAUUUUUAGCAGCUGUUUAUAUAAAUUCAAUAUUUACAUUAAUAUGCGCAACAUUAUAUGCUUGGCUUGAUUAUUCAAUAACAAUAGUUAAACAAGGAAUGUGUGAACCAGAUUUUUAUUCAACAUAUGAUCAAUAUAGAGUAAAGAAUUCUACUACUGUUGAUGUUAUGUUUUUGUAUUAUGGUACUGGUCCUGCUCUAAUUGCUAUACAAUUAUGUACAGAUAUACCAAGAUAUUUAUGUUUAGCUUAUAUAAAUGUUAAAUUACCAUUAUUAUUAAUAGAUAAAAUUUAUUUUAAAUUUAAAGGAAAUGUAUCACUAGAAAAGAAACUAUUAUUAAAAUUAACACUAGAACAAAGAAUACUUGCUCGUGUAUCUCGUCCGAAUUCAGUUGAAAUGCUUUAUGUUCAAAAUUUAUUUCGUUCUACUAAUCAACGUCCACAUACUAAAAAUUUAUUUGGUCGAUUAAUACCAAAGAAAAUUUAUGAAUGGAGAGAUGAUUUUCUUUAUUCAUCUCGUGUUCUUUGUGUUUAUUCAUCAAUAUUUCUUCUUUUAUAUUUUGUUGCUAUUCAAGCAUGUGUAAGAGUUAUACCUUAUUUAUCUUUAGUACAAACUUUUCUUCAGAGAGUGUUUGAUGCAGUAACAGGAUUAAUCGCUGCUUUUUCUACAAAUGAUAAUACAGAAGUUAAUGGUAAUACAUCAAAUUUUCCAGUUCCAUCAUUAGUAAGACCUUAUAUAAUUGCUUUAUUUUUAACAUUAAUUAUUAUAAUAAUACAAUUAUUAGUUUUCCUUGUUAAUAUUCGAAGAAAUUUAUUACAAACAUAUCGUGGUGAUGAUAGUGAAAUACCACGAAGACAAAGAUUACAUUAUAUUUCAUGUUCAUCAGGAAAUAUUCAUUUUGCUGGUUAUUUUAUUGGUUAUUUAAUAUGGGGUUUUAUACUUAUAGCAUUACUUUCGACGAUUAUUUCUAUUUCUAUUGAAGCAUUCAUUACUUAUGGAAGUGUUCGAAUAAUAGAAAAGAUUUUAAAAUAUAUUAUACCUGUUGUUCUACCGAUAUUACUUAAGCAAUAUAUUAAUAUAUUGCUUGCACAAUAUGUUUUUUUACAACAUUAUGGAGAAGUUCUUGCAUUAAAUAAUCGUCGUAUAUUAAUGAUAUUUAUUUAUUUUAAUUUUUUCUUAGAUGCUUUUCUUGGUUUUGUUUCAUCAAUAUUUCGAUUAAUUCAAAGUUUAAUUGGUGGAAUUCUUUAUAUGUGUCGUUUGGAUUAUUCUCCACUAGGUCGAAAAUUAGAAACAUUGGAUGGUGGUUUUAGUGCAUAUUGUGGUUUAAUACAUACUGAAUGUACUCAUCGACAUCCAGUUAUGUUAGUAUUUGUUUCACAUCUUUAUACUCAAUAUAUAAUGAGACAAUGGGUAAAUAAGAAAAUAUUUUUUACUGAUUUAUCAAUAGAAAAAAAAUAUCGAAUACAAAUCAGACCUUCGUCAAGAUAUAUUCGUAAAUGGAAAUUAGGUGCUUUUCUUAUUCGAAAUCCAAUGUUGGUUUUCUAUCGAAAAGCAUUUCUUAAUCAAUUACAUAUUGAAGAAGUUCGAGCUUUAAAUGAUAUUGAUGAUGAUGGUGAAAAAAAUAUGAAACAAAGAUUGUCUAUUUAUACACGUCGAAUGUCUGCUGCUCAAUUAAGUAUUGCUUCGGAUAAUUCUAUAAAAGAUAGUAAAACAGAACGAUUUUAA